CCGGUUAGGGCCAAAGGUCGCCUGGAGCGCCUGCGUCAACAAAGGCAGCCUCUGAGCCUGCGCUUUGCCUGCCUUAAACCACCAUCACCCAGGAAACUUAGUAGACAGUCUGGCUUCAUGGCUGCUGAGAAGAAGGCAGCGGUGGGAUCCUUAGUUGGGACGGUAGUACAGAGCACCAGCACCACUAGUUUUCUGGUUUUCAAGGCAAAAACAGCAGAACUACUCAGUCAGCAUCAAGUGGAAUUAACCCAAGAGUUCCCAAAAGACGGAUGGGUAGAACAGGACCCAAAGGAAAUUCUACAGUCUGUCUAUGAGUGUAUAGCCAGAACAUGUGAGAAACUCGACCAAGAGAAUAUUGAUAUAUCCAACAUAAAAGCUAUAGGUAUCAGCAACCAGAGGGAAACCACCGUCAUCUGGGACAAGUUAACUGGAGAGCCACUUUACAAUGCGGUGGUUUGGCUUGACCUUAGAACCCAGUCUACCGUUGAAAUUCUUAGUAAAAAAAUUCCUGGAAAUAAUAACUUCGUCAAGUCCAAGACUGGCCUUCCGCUUAGCACCUACUUCAGUGCCGUGAAACUUCGUUGGAUGUUUGACAAUGUAAGACAAAUCCAGAAAGCUGUGGAAGAAGGUCGAGCUCUGUUUGGUACAAUUGAUUCUUGGCUUAUCUGGAGUAUGACAGGGGGAGUCAAUGGAGGUGUCCAUGGGACAGAUGUAACAAAUGCAAGUAGGACAAUGCUUUUCAACAUCCAUUCUUUGGAAUGGGAUAAAGAGCUGUGUAAGUUUUUUGAAAUUCCCAUGAACAUACUUCCAAAUGUCUGGAGUUGUUCUGAGAUCUACGGCCUUAUGAAAGGUGGCAUUUUGGAAGGUAUCCCAAUAUCUGGGUGUUUGGGAGAUCAGUCUGCUGCAUUAGUAGGACAAAUGUGCUUCCAGGAAGGACAAGCCAAAAACACAUACGGGACAGGUUGUUUCUUACUAUGCAAUACAGGUCAAAAGUGUAUAUUUUCUGAACAUGGUCUUCUGACCACAAUAGCUUACAAACUAGGCAAAGAUAAACCAGUGUAUUAUGCAUUGGAAGGUUCUGUUGCUAUAGCUGGUGCUGCUGUUCGAUGGCUGAAAGACAACCUUGGUAUUAUAAAGACCUCAGAAGAAAUUGAAACCCUUGCUAAAGAAGCAGGUACUUCUUUUGGCUGCUACUUUGUCCCAGCCUUUUCAGGGUUGUAUGCACCUUAUUGGGAGCCCAGUGCAAGAGGAAUAAUCUGUGGUCUCACUCAGUUUACCAAUAAGUGUCAUAUUGCUUAUGCUGCAUUAGAAGCUAUUUGUUUCCAAACUCGAGAGAUUUUGGAUGCCAUGAACCAUGAUUGUGGAAUUCCACUCCAUCAUUUACAGGUAGAUGGGAACAUGACUAAAAACAAAAUUCUUAUGCAACUACAAGCAGAUAUUCUGCAUAUUCCAGUAAUAAAGUCUUCUAUGUCUAAUAUAAUAGCACUGGGAGCCGCUAUGGCUGCAGGGGCUGCAGAAGGAGUAGAUGUUUGGAGUUUAAAAUCCAAGAAUUUGUCAGCAGUCACAGUGGAGCAAAUUGAACCACAGAUCCAGGCCACAGAAAGUGAAAGCCGUUAUUCUACAUGGAAAAAAGCUGUGAAGAAGACGAUGGGUUGGGUUUCACCUCAGACUGCUGAAAAUGGUGAAUUUACUACCUUCUCUAGUAUGCCUUUGGGCUUUUUUAUAGUGAGUAGCAUGAUAAUAUUCAUUGGCGCAAGAUACAUCUCAGGCAUACCCUAAUAAUUCCAGCCAUGAAUUUGCAAAAAAUUGAGCUUUUUACAUGAUAAAGGAAUCCAGGAAUUCUGUCUUUCAGUGUGAUCAUGCUAUUAUAGACUCUGGCUUUAUUUGUAGAACACUUACUGCAUGAUCUAUGAGAAUCUUACAAGUAGA